AUGGAGGCGGGCAGCACCAAGUGUGUCCCAGAACUCAGCCUCAGCAUGACCAGGGAUCAGGCCAGUCCCUGCGGGCAGCCUCGUGUGUCCAGUCGGAUCGUAGGGGGCCAGGACGCCCGGGCCGGAGAGUGGCCGUGGCAGGCGAGCAUCCAGCACCGCGGGGCGCACGUGUGUGGGGGCUCGCUCGUCGCCCCCCAGUGGGUCCUGACCGCGGCGCACUGCGUCCAGAGGCGGGCGCCAGUGUCUGGGUACCGCGUGCGCCUCGGGGCGCUUCGUCUGGGUCCGGCCGCGCCCCGCGCGCUCUCGGUGCCCGUGCAGAGGGUGCUGCUGCACCCCGACUACGCGGAGGACGGGGCCCGCGGUGACUUGGCAUUGCUCCAGCUGCGCCGCCCAGUGCCCCUGAGCUCCCGAGUCCAGCCCGUGUGCCUGCCGGACCCCGGGGCCUGGCCGCCGCCCGGUACUCCGUGCUGGGUCACUGGCUGGGGCAGCCUCUUCCCAGGAGUGUCACUUCCAGAGUGGCGCCCUCUUCAGGGAGUACGAGUGCCGGUGUUGGAUGCGGGCACCUGUGACCGCCUCUACCAUGUAGGCACCAACGUGCCCCGUGCUGAGCAGAUAGUGUUACCAGGGAACCUGUGCGCGGGCUACGUCCAGGGCCACAAGGAUGCCUGCCAGGGUGAUUCUGGGGGACCCCUGACCUGCUUGAAGUCUGAGCGCUGGGUCCUGGCGGGCGUGGUGAGCUGGGGCAAGGGCUGUGCUCUGCCCUACCGUCCAGGUGUCUAUACCAAUGUCGCCAUGUACAGCCGUUGGAUUCAGGCUUGUCUCGGCCGCUGAUGUGGUGACUCUGACUUGGGUUGCUCAGCUACUUGGUCCCUCUGGGGACCUGCACAUCCCCCAACCCUUCUACUUCUCACUUGAGGCUCAGAGACCCGAUAAAGCUAAGGAGCCAUCUCUCCAUUCAGCUGUCCAUCCCCUACCUUCCUCGGGGCUCACCAAACCUGAGCUGCCAGCCCCGCUCCGGAGCCUCCCAUCUGUGGGGGUCUCGCACUCCUGCCUCCCCUUCCUGCUCAUUUAUCCUCCUCAGCUCCAGCCAGGACUGGGCCUGGGCACCCAGCGACGGUCAGUGGCAUUCCCGGUUUGGCCUGUGUGCCCCUCUCUCUGGAGGAAGUCAGGGAGAUUCGAAGUGUAGAGGGAUUCAGCACCAAGAAGAUGGUUCUCCAUCACCAGCUUUGAAGAUGGUGUAGGGGUCGCAUGGCAAGGAACUUGCAGCCGCCUCCAGGAGCUGAGGGCAGCCUUGGCUGACAGGCUUUGGGGAAAGUGAAAUCUCAGCACCGUGACCGACAGGAAC